GUUGUGAAACGAGUAGCUCUGAUGCCUACUCCGAAACGUGAUCGUGCAUCAUCGAAUUCUUCAUCGAACAGUUCGCAUUCUGGAAAGUCUUCUGAAAGGCAUCAAAAACAGAAUCUUCAUUCAAGUGAAAAUGGAGAUGAAUCUCGCUGGAAGUCUCGACUGAAGUUCAACUUAAAUGCAUCGUCAGAUGAAGAAGAAGGAAAAAAUGAAGUGAAUAGCCGACGAAAGGAAAACGGUACAGAACAAAUGAAGGGCAAUAAUGAGAUGUUAGAAUCCGAACGGUCAAAGGAUGCGAACAGUGGUUCUGAAUCUGAUUCAACUUCAUCAGAGCAAUCUGAUAGUGAGCAACCGGACAGUGAUCGUCACCAACUGUUGUCCCCGGCUGGAAGCGGGCAGCUGACGGAUGCGACGAGAGAAUCGGAUAAAGCUGAGGAUGUUGAUGCGUCAACGAGUGAACCUGAGAGGCACAAGAAGAAGCAUACAGAAAGGGAUGAGAGUGGAUAUCAUGGAAGAAGAGAAGACUUACCGCAUAAAUAUCGAAUGAAACGUUCACGUUCUCCAUCCUCAAGGUUAGUAGCCUCUAUUUGGUGA